CCCGCCCUCUUCUCAGAGCACAGGCACUUGCGGUGCGUGAAUCUACUCUGCCGCGAGGACAGCAGAAGUUUCUUUGGACGAACCGCUCACCGGAUUCUCAAAUGAAUAGGUUUGUAGCCAUUAACGGAGGCUUACUGUGAAGACGCCGAGGAUACAUUACCUGCGUUUUCCUCAAAGCUGUGCAAAAUGAAGCUUUGGAGUUUUGUGUUACCUGUUGUUUUGUAUGCAGUGUCUGCACAAGCGGGGUCAAAUCUGCAGGAGCCGUGUGCGGGCCGGGACUGCAGAGGAGCGUGUCCGUGUUUGCCCUUAAAGGGUAGCAGGGGGCGACCGGGGGAACAUGGGAACCUGGGCAUCAGUGGUCCUGAGGGUUUCAUUGGGGGCCCGGGGCCAGUUGGGCCCAAAGGAGAAAAGGGCCAUGUAGGACGCAAAGGGCCCUCUGGACUAAAUGGAGAUAAGGGCCCAAUGGGUGUUCCUGGGUUUUCUGGAAAUGAUGGUGUUCCUGGACACCCUGGUCAAGUGGGGCCCCAGGGACCCCCAGGUCUCGACGGCUGUAAUGGUACACGAGGUGACCCAGGUGACAGAGCCCGUGAUGGAUUUCCUGGUAAUCCUGGAGUUCCUGGAUACAAUGGUCAAAAAGGUCAAAAAGGAGAACCGUAUUAUAUAAGUAUUCCAAGACCACAAUUUUUCACCGACGGCCCUCCAGGUCCAGCAGGAUUUGCAGGUCCAAUGGGGCCCCAAGGUCCAGAUGGCUAUCCUGGUCUACCUGGUCCGCCUGGUCCUCCUGGACCUGCAGGAAGUCGAGGUCAAGGAUACAAAGGGGAGCCAGGAGAAAAGGGGGAAGUUGGUCUACCGGGACUCAGGGGCAAUCCGGCUGUUCAGUUUAACGCACCAGCAAUAAGCACUAUCAACAAAGGAGAAAAGGGAGAUGUGGGCCAGCCCGGUGACCCAGGCCUCCCACUGGUCAAUGGAGUGGUGGAACUUGUUGGCUUUCCAAAAGGAGACAAAGGAACUAAGGGUGAGAAAGGCUAUGCCGGUAAUCCAGGUCUUCCUGGGAUACCAGGACCACCAGGCCCAGUUGGUUUUAGAGGUGAGACUGGCGAAAAGGGAAUCCUGGGCUUGCCAGGCUCGAGGGGUGCACCUGGUCUGAAUGGUCCUCCUGGGCUCCCAGGAAGAAAAGGCUUCAAUGGGGAUUCAGGUUUUACAGGCCAACAAGGCUUUACUGGCCCAAAAGGUGACAGAGGAGACCCAGGUCCACCUGGACCGAUUUUUGGACCAGCAGAUGGAAUUAAAGGUCCUCGAGGGGAUCCCGGCUUUCCUGGUUAUCCGGGGCUAACUGGAGAUACAGGUUUUCCAGGUUUUCCUGGUCAGCCAGGUCCUCCUGGAGCACCUGCUUUUAACACAGGUCGUCCUGGCAUCCCUGGGUUCCCUGGUAGUCGUGGACCCAAAGGACAGAGGGGAAACCCAGGUCGGGAUUCUUAUGGUCCUGAAGGUCGUCCCGGAAAUCAGGGCCUUCCUGGAGUUCCUGGUCUCCCUGGACCACCGGGAAGUUCAUUAAACACGUUCUCUGCUGCACUAGCUGGUUUUCCGGGUCAGCCUGGUCCAAGAGGACCUGCUGGAGAAAGAGGCUAUGGAGGGUUUAAAGGAGAAAAUGGUGACUGCAACUGUUUGGGUGGAGGAACGACGGGUGCACAGGGACGUCAAGGGCCUCCAGGGCCCUCAGGUUUCUCUGGAGCUAAUGGUGUGAAGGGAGAAAUUGGUGACCAAGGUUUCUCCGGAUCCCGUGGACCACAGGGUCUUGAUGGUCGUGCGGGUGAGAGAGGCUUUUAUGGGCGUAAAGGAGAGAAAGGUAAUUCUUUCUUCCCCCAAGGUAGAGGACAAAAAGGUGAUUUGGGUCAACAGGGUCUUUCUGGGCCACCUGGAGCAAGCGGCAACCCCGGAAGGGAUGGAUCUCCUGGCUUCCCUGGAAAACCAGGUCCACCUGGGGACUCUGGUUUUGGGGUGACUGGAGAUAAAGGUUUUCCUGGUAUCCCAGGGUCCAAAGGUCGGCCCGGUUCCAGUGGCGAUCCUGGUAUUGGCUAUCCUGGUGUAGCUGGGUUCAAAGGGUCACAAGGUGAUCCUGGAUUCAAUGGUCUUCCUGGAACACCUGGACUUCCAGGUUCUCCAGGUGACAGCUGUGGGCAGGCGGGGCUUAAUGAUGCCUCUUUGGAAGAGGGAGGAACACCACUGCCCUGUAGGAUUCCUGGUGAACAAGGAGAUCCAGGAUUCUCUGGACGUCCCGGGGUGCCAGGGCCAAAGGGUCAGCCUGGUUCCCCAGGAGGAAGUGGGCGCCCAGGGUUUGAUGGGUCUAAAGGUGAUAGAGGAGAACCAGGUUCUGGAGGUCAACCAGGACCUCAGGGUUUCACCGGAAUCAGAGGAGAUACAGGUUUACCAGGAACAACAAAUGCUGGCUUACCAGGAUCUCCAGGAAGAAAUGGUUUUCCAGGUGUGCCAGGAGCUAAGGGAGAACCCGGUGUGGUGCUUGGGGCCACCCCUGGAGGUCCAGGUUCUCCAGGGAGACCAGGAGAGCCAGGAGACAAGGGUCCACCUGGGACACCUGGUUUACCUGGGAGGCCUGGUAAUGAUGGACGCAGUGGUAUUCUUGGCGUAAAGGGUGAGCGAGGUGUGGAUGGAAAACCUGGUCCAGUAGGUCCCAUAGGUCCACCAGGAGAAAUACCUCCCGGGGGUAUCCCUGGUCCCAGAGGGCCAGCUGGAGCUAAAGGAUUUAAUGGACCUCCAGGUUUCCCUGGGUUGAAGGGUGUGAGAGGAGAUCCGGGGCUUCCAGGGCCUGGUGGAAUAAAGGGUAUACCAGGAUUUCCUGGUAUCCCAGGGCAACAGGGAUUUAGGGGACCUCCUGGACCACCUGGCAUUGGAACACGUCCAGGCAUACCAGGAAGACCAGGAAUCAAGGGAGUGAAGGGGUCUUUUGGGGUGUCGGGGUUCCAAGGAUUACCUGGUUCUUCUGGAGUCCCAGGUGGGCCAGGUGUUAAAGGUUUACCUGGUUUCACUGGGCAGGAUGGCUUUCCUGGGGACACUGGAUCAACAGGACUCAAAGGGGAUCGUGGAGAUCCUGGUCUUCCAGGUCCCUCUCCUCCUCUGUUUACGCUAGAGGGGCUGGAAAAUGGUGAAAUGGGUGACCCAGGAGCUGAUGGACUGCCUGGUUUCCCAGGACCAAGAGGUGAUAAGGGUUUUUCAGGGCGACCUGGACGUGAAGGCUUUCCUGGAUCACCUGGUGUUACAAGCCAAGUAAAAGGUUUUACUGGCCAGCCUGGAAACCCAGGUAUUCCUGGCUCCCCAGGCUUCCCUGGGUCUAAAGGUUCUCCUGGAGUUAUGGGCUUCCCUGGCACAACAGGCCUGAGGGGUGAUGAUGGUGUACCUGGGGUUCAAGGGUUCCCGGGCACUGCAGGACAACCUGGUGGCAAAGGUGAGAAAGGUGACUCAUAUGCAUCAUCUGGACCCCCUGGACCAAAGGGUGCGAUUGGAAAUCCUGGAUUCCCAGGUGGUCCAGGCUUUCCUGGUGAACCAGGUGAUUCAGGUUACCCAGGAGUCGUAGGAUUUCAAGGCCAGAAAGGAUUUCCUGGAGAGCCAGGAGCACCAGGAUUUGCUGGCUCACCAGGCCUCCCAGGCAUUAGGGGGCUUCCUGGUUAUCCAGGACAGAAUGGGCGUGAUGGAGAUGCAGCCCGUCCUGGAACUCCAGGCUUACCAGGAGAGAAAGGUUUUCCAGGCUCACCUGGUUUAGACGGACUCAAUGGUCUUCCAGGAUCCAAGGGGCCACGUGGAGUUCCAGGUGUGAUUGAAGGUGGUCGGCCUGGAGCUCCUGGUGUGAAUGGCCGGAAGGGAGAGAGAGGCUCAUCACAACCCGGUGGACCUGGUCGCCCUGGAGAGAAAGGAAUCAAAGGAGACACUGGUCCUUCUGGUUUUAGAGGCUACCCUGGUAACCCUGGCCCCCCUGGGCCACCUAGUCCUUCUAAUAUCCCAGGUCCUCCUGGAGACCCUGGACUUCCAGGAUUAGAUGGACGAGAAGGUCCCUUUGGCCCUCCUGGCCUGCCUGGACCACCAGGCCCUGGAACAGUCCAAGGAGACAGAGGAAAUCCUGGAUUUCCAGGGCUACCAGGAAUACCAGGAGCACGUGGAGACCCUGGUGCUUUUGGAGCCCCUGGAUUACCAGGCAACCCUGGUUUUAAAGGGCAAAGAGGUGACCCUGGCUUUAGUGGUGUACGUGGACGACCAGGGUUCCCGGGAGAACCAGGAGAUAAUGGCAGGAAUGGACCCAAAGGAUUAAAUGGCGAUUCUGGUCCUAAGGGAGCUCCAGGUCCUGUUUUGUUCCCACCUAAUACAAACCAAAGAAUACCAUUUGGGGAUCCAGGCCCACCAGGUCUUGAUGGGUUUUUUGGUCAGGCGGGAAUACCAGGCCUGCCAGGCACUCCAGGGUUCCCAGGUCCCAAGGGACUCAGAGGGCCAUUGGGUAGACCCGGUCCAGUUGGUCCAGCUGGAUCUCCAGGAACUUUAGGUGACCCUGGAACUCCAGGAACCCAAGGACCCACAGGAAACCAAGGACCCCCUGGCAAGCCAGGGUUGCCAGGUCUUCCUGCUCCACUGGUGCGCAGUAGUGGUAUUGGUUAUACUUUGGUGAAACACAGUCAAUCCAUCCAGAUGCCCAUGUGUCCUCAAGGCAUGACCAAGCUAUGGGAGGGAUACAGUUUGCUGUAUGUGGAGGGGCAGGAGAAAGCACACAACCAGGACCUGGGAUUGCCCGGCUCAUGUCUGCCACAUUUCAGCACCAUCCCCUUCCUGUACUGCACAGUCAAUGAAAUCUGCCACUACGCUAGCCGGAAUGACAAAUCCUAUUGGCUGUCCACCUCUGCGCCCAUUCCCAUGAUGCCUGUGGCAGAUCAGCAGAUAUCUCAGUACAUUAGCCGCUGCUCAGUGUGUGAGGCUCCAUCUCAAGCAAUCGCUGUCCACAGCCAAGAUCUCAGCAUACCGACCUGCCCUCAGGGCUGGAGAAGUCUGUGGAUUGGUUACUCCUUCCUUAUGCACACAGCCGCAGGUGCAGGAGGAGGCGGUCAGUCAUUGGUGUCUCCCGGUUCUUGUCUUGAGGAUUUCCGCGCCACUCCCUUCAUCGAGUGCAAUGGUGCCAGCGGAACCUGCCACUACUUUGUCAACAAGUACAGUUUCUGGUUGACCACGGUAGAGCGGGGCGAACAGUUCGUCCAGGGUCCUGCCCAGGAGACGCUGAAGGGAGAUCUGUACCGCUCACGCAUCAGUCGCUGUCAAGUCUGCAUGAAGAUCUUGUAGCUUGUGUAGAUGCAUGGCAGGAGACUUUAACUAAAAGAAUGGCAGAAGAGAUGAGAUGAGUAGAAGAAGAUAAAGGAAACAAACGUCAACUGACUGAUUUGAUUUCAUGCCCUUGACAGUGGUAAUAUGAAGGGCUGAGGUGUGGCCUUGGUCAAUUUGGAGAAUAUCGGGGUUGGAAUGAAAAGAAGUGGAGGAAGAGAUUUGUACUCUUUAUCUGUUUAUUAUCAACAGUGGUGCUAUGUUGAAAAUAUGAUGUUGUAUUUUUGUGUUAAAGCCUUUUCCUUAAGUUUUUAGUCAUAUUCACGGCUACCUCAGAGAGUGCAUCCCAGACUCCCAGUGGAUGGCACGGAAUAAUACACCCUUUAUUUUUCAGAUGAAGCCAUGCAACGAUAAAAACGAUGCAGUCUUUUCAUUAACCGGUUCUACUGCAUUGUAUGGAUGAUAUGUUUUGGCUUCAGUAGUCUAUAUUGGUGCUUUCUUGACAAUAAUGUUAACCAGAUCUUCUUGUUCACCAUUCGGCAAUAACGGACAAACCAGCACUUUGCAAUCUACAUAACCAAGUAAGAUUGUGCCUCAUGGUUGUCACUUGAAAUGAUUGGUCUAACCCCAUAAAUAUCUUACAUGAAUUGCACUGAAGUUAAAAAAAUAUGUUCUUCUUUUACUAGAUCGCAUGCAGCUGAUCUAAAUUCAUCUAGUUCCCUAGUGUGCUCAAUGAUUCUUCUAUUAUUUUAUUGAUGAGAACAUUCCGAAAUUCCUCAAACAUAAAUGAUGAGGAUGAUUAAU